AUGAACAAAAACAACAGCAACGCACAAAAGACUCCACUUUUGACUCAUCUUGUCGCUGGCGGUACCGCUGGAUUCAUGGAGGCAUGCACUUGCCAUCCUUUAGAUACCAUCAAAGUCAGAAUGCAGCUCUCCAGAAAAGCCCAACGUAGUGCUACAGGACGUAACCUAAGCUUCCUUGGAGUGGGUGCACGUAUCGUCAAGAAUGAGUCAUUUUGGGCAUUGUAUAAAGGUUUGGGUGCUGUCACUGCUGGCAUAGUACCAAAGAUGGCCAUCCGAUUCAGCUCGUUUGAAAUGUAUAAGGGUGCUCUUGCUGAUGAAAAUGGGAUUACCAGUCGUACUGGUAUCUUCUUUGCUGGUCUCGCCGCCGGAACGACAGAAGCUGUAUGUGUAGUUUCUCCUGCAGAUUUGGUUAAGAUUCGAUUACAAGCGCAAAGGAACAGUUUGGCCGAUCCAAUGGACACACCCAAGUAUCGCUCGUUCUCGCAUGCUUUUGUUACCAUCAUAAAGGAAGAAGGCAUAGGAGCUUUAUACAAGGGCGUGGGAUUAACGGCUUUACGACAAGCGACCAACCAAGCUGCGAAUUUCACUGCCUACCAGGAACUCAAGAAGCAAGCUCGCAACUUUCAAAAGGUGGAUGAGCUUCCUUCAUAUCAAACGCUGGUGAUUGGUGGUAUCUCUGGUGCCAUGGGCCCUCUUUCAAAUGCACCCAUUGAUACAAUCAAGACACGUAUUCAAAAAUCUGUAUCAUUAACCGGCUCUGGAUGGGAACGUUUCAAGCAAGUAACUACAGAGAUUUAUACCAAGGAAGGGUUCAGGGCAUUCUACAAGGGCUUGACGCCACGUGUAUUACGUGUAGCUCCUGGUCAAGCUGUUACUUUUGUUGUAUAUGAAAAAGUCAAAUCAUGGAUUGACCUCUUUACCGACAAGGUGCAGCCACUAACAGGGUGA